AACCCUUGCGGACGGGAUCCCCUUGCGGACCGUAGGGGACGGGAUCCGCCGAUCCGGGAUCCAUCCGCCUCUCCUCUCUCCAGAAAUCGGUCAGCUCAUCUCGGCGCCACCGAAGAGACGACGCGGCCGGCGACCACAGCGGCAGGCGGCAGAUCCGGCGGAAUGGCGGCGAAGGCGAUCUCGAGCCCCGUGCCGGUGGAGUGGUACCCGACGCUGGCCGUCGUCAUGGUCUCCGUCGGACUCAUGCUCACCGCCUCCUUCUUCAUUUAUGAAGCAACUUCAUCCAGGCGGAGCCGUAGCCUGGCAAAGGAGAUCACAACAGCAGCUGUUGCUUCUGUAUUUCUGGGCUUUGGGUCUUUGUUUGUGCUUCUUGCAAGUGGUGUUUAUGUCUGAUCACUGGCUAUGCAAGACUAUUGUUCUGUUCUCCAGCCGUAGUUGUAGAGUAUGCCAGGUUCUGAAACUGUGCUGCCCUGGCCUCCUGGUCGAUAUGAAGUCAUAUGACAUGUUUUAGAUGGAGCCCACUAAGCUCGAACAUUCUUGUGGAUUUUUGCCCUGGUCUCCGAUAUAAUGUCAGUCGAAACACUUCAUCUUGCUGGUUA